AUGUCUCUGCCAAACAUCAGACAAGCAGACCUCGACAGGCUGAACGAAUUUUCUUCCAAGCCGGCUUCUCACACACGCCAACAGCGUGCGCUAGUACUUGACCUCCUCAAGGAUCUCAAAGGGGUGAGCAUCGCUGAGAUGGGGAAGCUCCCCAAGAACAGCAGCUUCGGACGAAGCAAGAGGUCGAACCGCAGCAAGAUGGCCCAGGAGUUUAUGACGCCUGCCAACGAGACAAGAACUCGGGGCGGCGGAGUUGCUGACACAGGACGGGCUACGCCAGACGCCCUUGAGGGAGUGGCCAAUUUGUUCGAGGGCUAA